UACUACUGUUUUUCUCGUAUUUUUUUAUUGUUUACUCCCACUAUAAAGCUCAGAUAGCAGAAACCGAACCCUUACCUAACCUACUCUACUAGAGUACACUGAUACUUAUACAAUUAAGUCUCUCUGGCCGCUAGCUAGCUCUCUCUGCCAUUUGACGACUAGUCGUUAAACGUCGUUUCCACAAGCAAAGUAGCUAGCUCAAGCCUCAAACACACGCACGCAGCACUCUAUCACAAAGAUCAGAGAUAGAGAUAGAUCAUGGCUAGGGAGAUGCAGAAGAACAGCAUGUUCAUAGAACAUGACCCAGAAUCAUAUCAUGACAACGGUAAUAUUCGGAAGAACCUUGACGAUGAUGGCCGAGACAAAAGAACUGGGACUUGGCUCACCGCAAGUGCCCAUAUCAUUACCGCUGUAAUUGGGUCGGGAGUGCUAUCUUUGGCAUGGGCAAUAGCACAGUUGGGUUGGGUUGCCGGACCGGCUGUUCUCAUGACUUUCUCCUUCAUUACCUAUUUCACUUCCACCCUUCUGGCCGACUGUUACAGGUCUCCGGACCCCGUCACCGGGAAGAGAAACUACACCUACAUGGAUGUUGUGAGAGCAAAUUUAGGAGGUAGAAAGGUUCAGCUGUGCGGGUUGGCUCAGUAUGUUAAUCUUAUAGGGGUUACCAUCGGUUACACGAUCACCGCAUCUAUCAGCAUGGUGGCUGUUAGGAGAUCGAAUUGUUUUCACAAAAAUGGGCACGAUGUGAAGUGCCAUACAUCAAACUACCCCUUCAUGAUAAUCUUUGCCUGCAUACAAAUAGUGCUCAGCCAAAUACCAAACUUUCACAAGCUCUCAUGGCUCUCAAUCCUUGCAGCCAUAAUGUCCUUCGCCUAUUCCUCCAUAGGCCUCGGCCUCUCCGUUGUAAAAGCUGCAUCUGGUGGGGAACAUGUCCGAACAACCUUAACAGGAGUCACGGUUGGGGUUGACGUGUCAGGACAUGAGAAAGUUUGGAGGACCUUCCAAGCCAUCGGUGACAUUGCUUUCGCUUAUGCUUACUCCACCGUCCUCAUCGAGAUACAGGACACACUGAGAUCAAGCCCACCAGAGAACAAGGCCAUGAAGAGGGCCACUUUUGUUGGCGUAUCAACCACCACAGUGUUCUAUGUCCUAUGUGGGUGCGUUGGUUAUGCAGCAUUUGGAAAUGAUGCACCUGGGAAUUUCCUGACUGGUUUUGGAUUCUAUGAACCUUUUUGGCUAAUCGACUUUGCUAAUGUUUGCAUUGCUGUCCAUCUCAUUGGUGCUUACCAGGUUUUCUGCCAGCCGAUAUUUGGGUUCGUAGAGAGGUGGAGCCACAAACAGUGGCCUGAGAACAAGUUCAUAACCAGUGAGUACGCAAUCGAAGUUCCAUUCUGUGGUGCAUAUUUUGUCAACUCCUUCAGGCUGGUGUGGAGAACAGCAUAUGUGAUAGUCACAGCACUGAUAGCCAUGACAUUUCCAUUCUUCAAUGACUUCUUGGGUCUGCUUGGAGCAGCCUCCUUUUGGCCAUUGACAGUGUAUUUCCCCAUUGAGAUGUACAUUGCUCAGUCGAAAUUGCAGAAGUUUUCCUUCACUUGGAUGGGGCUGAAGAUAUUGAGCUGGGCUUGUUUGAUAGUAUCAAUUGUUGCUGCUGCUGGAUCUAUUCAAGGGCUGGCUCAGGAUCUCAAGAAGUACAAACCCUUCCAAUCUCAGCAAUAGGAUUUCUGUUCCAAGAUCCUAAUUCCAAACAAUAUUUAUAAUAUAUAUAAUUUUCCAACUUCAAUCAGAAUUAGCAGCUAGUCUGUACCUUAUAUGACUCUCUGCUCCAUAUAUCAAACUGCUCCAAGGCACUAUACUGGAUUAGAUUGGGAUUUUUAUUUUAUUUUUAGCAAAAACAAAAGAAUGUUACAAGUCUACUUGUAUUUCACAUAAAAAGCAGCGAUUGCUGCCUGUAGCACAAGCCUACAAGUGUACAACCAAGGUCUGGUUUGUUUAGCGAAAUUAUAUCGAUCUCGUAUAGUCA